CCGGAAGUGGCCAGCAGCAGCUGCAGAGGGAGAAGCGGCCGCUGGUCGCUCGUUGACGGACUACUUUAUGAACGGAACCGGACUGCGGGAUGGAGACCGACGCGGAUGCUCCGGGCCUUCAGAUCAAAGUGGAACCCGAUGACGUGGACAUCCGGUCGUUUACCGUCCUCAAGAAGCUGUCCAUCAAACUGACCGACUGCAGGCUGUGGCUGGAUGGGCGGGACUUCCUGUCUCUUGACGAGCACCCUCAGCUGCGUCAGCAGAGGCUGACCAUCGCAGGCAGAAAGAUGGUCUACUGCUCCGAGUGUAACAAGGGCUUCUACAAGGAGGCUCACAUGGAGGCUCACCUGAGAACCCACCGAGGGCAGAAACCCAACGAGUGCUGGCAAUGCGGGAAGACCUACCCGACCCUGAUGAGCCUCGUGGUCCACCAGCAGAUCCACGACCGCAGGGAGCCCUACCGGUGCUCGUACUGCGAGAAGACCUUUGCUCUUAAGAGGGACUGGAAGACGCACCACCGGACGCACUCCGGGACCAAACCCUUCAAGUGCUGGUUCUGCGGGGACGGCUUCAGUGAGCAGGACCAGCUCAGCGAGCAUCUGGAGGUGCACAAAGGAGAGAAGUGCUACCACUGCAAAGCCUGCAACAAGAUGUUCGUUUCCUACCAGGGCUUCAACUUCCAUCGCAAGUCGCACAAGAACCAGAAGCUGCUGCCCUGCCUGAAGUGUAAGAAGACCUUCAGUAACCCUCAGAGCCUGAAGCUCCACCAGGUGACUCACUCUGACAGGAAGCCACAUAAAUGCCCCACCUGUAGCAAAGGCUUCAAGCUGCUGAGCGGCAUGCGCGUCCACCAGAGGACCCACGAGGACCUGAAGGACUACCACUGCACAGAGUGCGCCAAGUGUUUCUCCAGCCUGCAGGGUCUGAAGCUGCACAACCGCACCCACACCGGCCUGAAGCCCUACAAGUGCACCGAGUGCGGGAAGAGGUUCACCCAGUCUCCCCACCUGAGGUCUCACAUGGUCACACACACCGGAGAGCGACCGUUCCUCUGCACCACCUGCGGGAAGAGGUUCACCCAGUCGUCCCACCUGAGGUCUCACAUCACGCUGUUCCACGUGGGCGAGAAGCCCUUCGCUUGCGCCGACUGCGGGAAGAGCUUCACCAUCGCCCACUACCUGAAGAUGCACCGGCUGAGCCACACCAAGGAGAAGCUGUACCAGUGUUCGUACUGCCAGAAGGCCUUCUCCUACCACAACUCCUGGAGGGCCCACGAGAGGAUCCACACCGGCGAGCGUCCGUUCGGCUGCCGGGACUGCGGCCAGAGCUUCAUCACGUCGGGCUCGCUGCUGAGUCACCAGAGGACCAAACACACCGGAGAGAAGAGCCACUACUGCAUCACCUGCGGGGAGUUCUUCUUCACCAGCUCGCUGCUGCGGGUCCAUCAGCUGGACCACACCGGCGAGCGGCCGCACGCCUGCAACUGCGGCAAGACCUUUAAAACCAAAGGAGUGCUGCGGUACCACCUGAAGAGGUUCAUCGGCCACCAGCCGGCCCAGUGAGCUCAGACUCUACUGGGGGAAGGACAGACAG